UGAUACAAAUGAGGUAGACAUACCUCCAAAUACUCGUGUAGGAACAAAACGCUAUAUGCCUCCUGAGGUGCUGGAUGAAAGCUUGAAUAGAAAUCACUUUCAAUCGUACAUCAUGGCUGAUAUGUACAGUUUUGGACUCAUCCUUUGGGAGAUAGCAAGGAGAUGUGUUUCAGGAGGAAUAGUUGAGGAAUACCAGCUUCCAUACCAUGACCUCGUGCCCAGCGACCCCUCGUAUGAAGACAUGCGGGAGAUCGUGUGCAUCAAGAGACUACGCCCUUCAUUUCCCAACAGAUGGAGCAGUGAUGAGUGCCUAAGGCAGAUGGGGAAGCUGAUGAUGGAGUGCUGGGCUCACAACCCUGCCUCCCGGCUCACAGCCCUGCGGGUCAAGAAGACACUUGCCAAAAUGUCAGAGUCACAGGACAUUAAACUCUGA